GAGACUAUAUAGCUGAUGGGCUCUCGGUUCCGUGGAGUUGAGUCACGAGUCAGAGAUAGGAACCACGCGGUCGGGUCAUCAUCAUGCUCGGCCUUGCAUCCGGAGUGAUCGAGCCUCGUGCGUGAGCCACGUCAUGAAGCGACAAGAGUCUCUCGUCACCGAGACAGGACAGAGCAAGUGACAUCUUCCCCGGCAUUGCGAUCCAUCACCGCCAAGGAGUGCUCCACGUACUCACCCUUGCAGCUAGCCGGCACGGUCGCGUGCCUGUCUUCUCCCGUGCUCGUGCCAUGGGCCAUCUGCCGUCGGAUGAUGCCGACACCCUAUCGCACAGGCUCGCAGGCUCAUCGCUAUCGUGUGACAGUGGCAAAGCCACAUCCUCAGCACGGCAAGCGGCAAGCCCAAGAGCGGCAACGCUGAGACCCCCCGCGGCUGCCUCGAGCUCAUCAGCCUCGUCAAGAGAGAGCAGCGAUGAGCGUGUACCCCGACUUGCGAUGCACACGGGAUCCGCACGCAAGAGCGGUAGCAAAGGUCCAGGAUUGGGCCUCAAUCUCAAGAUCCCCUCUGGAUCUGCCAGCACGGCGGGACCUGCGUACUACUAUGGCGGCGCGCAGGAUGCCGCUUUGCUCGCACCGGAGCCGCUGCUGUUCCAAGACGAUGCCGAAUCGACGAUGAGGCAAUCCGCUUCUACAAGCAGCACAGCGACGAGCAGUGCAGUCUCGCGGCCAUCACCGCUUCAGCUGACUACCCAUCUGGAUGCAACGCGCAGUGCAGGCCCGUCAUGGGAUAGGCGCACGACAGACUCGCAGAGCAUGAUCUCUGAACUACGCGAGACCAUCUCGGGCGGGCAUCCCGACCCUGGCGCGUCACGUCUCGCAGGCAACGCCUCUCAUCAGUCGGAGGAAGGCUCGCCCAAUCUCAAAUCACGCUCGAGAGAUGCCUCCCCACUUGCCAAACCCAUGUCGCGCGUCCAAUCCGAUCAAGGUUCUCUGGCUGCUGCCUCGGCUUCAGCGAGCGCAAAGGAGCUCAGGCGGAGAAGCUGGAACAUCGAUGCUGAGCCUGCGCUCGGCGAUCUCACGAUCAUGCAAGCAAAGGACGUCAAGACGCUCUCGAAACUCGGUGAAGGCGCGACGGGAGAAGUAUGGAAAGCCGUUCACAUCGGCUCGGGUACUCUCAUUGCCAAAAAGAUCAUGGCCACGUCGCCCAACCCUGAUAUUCACAAGCAAAUCCUACGAGAACUGGCAUUCAAUCGGGAUUGCCGGGCUGAUGAGAUUGUGCGCUCAUACGGCGCCUUCUUGCAAUCUGACGACACAGAGAUUGCGAUCUGCAUGGAGUACUGCGAAGGUGGUAGCUUGGAUGCGAUCUACAAGAGAAUCAAGCUCAGACAGGGCCGGAUUGGGGAGAAGGUACUGGGCAAGGUGGCAGAAGCGGUAUUGAGAGGGCUCGUCUACCUACACGACCGCAAGAUCAUACACAGAGACAUCAAGCCGUCAAAUAUCCUCGUGACGAAGGCGGGCCAAGUCAAGCUGUGCGAUUUUGGUGUGUCGGGCGAGCUCAUCAAUAGCAUGGCCGGUACGUUCACCGGAACAAGCUACUACAUGGCUCCCGAGCGAAUACGAGGCGCUUCGUACUCUUGGACGUCCGACAUCUGGUCACUCGGUCUGACACUGCACGAGCUGGCAAUGAACCGGUUCCCCUUUCCAGCAGAGGGUGCACCGCCACUUGCGCCCAUUGACCUGCUCACCUACAUCAUCAAGAUGGAUCCACCCGCCCUCAAUGAUGAUGGGCAGAUGAGGUGGACAAAAGCAUUCAAAGACUUUAUCAAACAAUGCUUCGACAAGGAUCCUAAAGCGAGACCGUCACCGGGUAUCUUGCUUCAACAUCCUUGGAUCAGAAAGUCAGAGGAGCGGACUGUCGAUCUUGCCAAAUGGCUCGUCGACGUCUGGGAGUGGAAGUAGACGCAAACGCAAAGCUGUUGGUUGUUGUACACGAUACCGUCGAUGAUUUGCCGAGUG